AUGGUGACGGUCCCGGAGCUGACGCACACCCAGUUUUUGCUGGCGUCAUCGUUGGAUACAACUACACGUCUUUUAGGCACGAUGGUGGUGUUCAACAUGGCCGACCUGAAGCUAGCCCCAAAGGAGGGUGACAGCUUUGACACCAGCCAAGCAUAUGCUGAGGGCUUAGACAAGCAAGACAGCCUGGCGGCCAAGCGGGAAGAGUUUGCAAUCAACGGCGAAGAGUUGAUCUAUGUGGAUGGAAACUCGCUGGGGAGACUGCCCAAGCGGACCAUGCCAGUGAUCCAGAACCGCGUGGAACGAGAGUGGGGAGAAAAGUUGAUUCGCUCCUGGGGUUCUUGCGGUUGGUACGAGACUUCCACCAGGGUAGGCGGGAAAAUAGCGCAAAUGGUCGGGGCGCGCUCUAACGAAGUCAUUGCCUGCGACUCGACGUCGGUCAAUCUGUUCAAGCUAAUCCUGGCAGCGCUUGCACUCCGUCCCGGCCGCACCAAGAUCGUGACUGAUACGCUCAAUUUCCCGUCUGACAUCUAUGUUAUUGAGGGUUGCAUAAACCUCCUCGGCAACAGGCACGCGUUACAGCUCGUCCCUUCCCAUGACAACGAUCUGACGGUAGACAUGGAAACUCUUGAAGCUGCUGUGGACGACACAACCGCAUUGGUUUUACUCUCGCACGUGGUUUUCAAGAGCGGGUUUAUGUACGACGGGAGGGCAGUCACCGAGUUGGCGCACAAGGCGGGUGCGCUCGUUCUGUGGGAUCUGAGCCACGCCGCGGGGGCUGUGCCGGUCGCUUUGAACGAGUGGAACGCCGACUUCGCAGUUGGCUGUGGCUACAAAUACCUCAACGGCGGGCCGGGGGCCACCGCGUUUCUGUACGUGCGAGAGGAUCUCCAGGACCAGUGCUCGUCCCCCAUCUGGGGCUGGUUCGGCCAGAGCCGGCCCUUCGACUUCGCCACGUCAUACACUCCCGCCAAAGGCAUGGCGCGCUUCCUGGCGGGAUCGCCGCCGCUGCUGCAACUGGCGGCCGUCGAGGCGGGGGUUGACGUCAUCAAGGAAGUGGGCAUGGAGGCGCUGAGGGCGAAGUCGCUGCAGCUGAGCGAGUAUCUGAUCAAGCUUGCCGAUGAGCGGUUAAGUCCGUUGGGGUACUCGGUUGGCACUCCCCGCGACCCUGCCCAGCGGGGCAGCCACAGCCGGACAACGUCCGCAUCGGGCUCACGCCGCUCUAUACCACGUUUGCAGAGGUGUGGCACGUGGUCGAGCGGCUCCGUCGAGCGGUGGAGGAGAAGUUGUACCUCAAGUACUCUCUCGACCGAUCUACCAUUACUUGAUCCUACAGCGAUUGUACAGAGAAGGGGCCAAUGCGGCAACAGCAUGAUACUUGUAGCUAGUGGAAGAUUUGGAUCAUAG